AUGUCGGGCGAUCAUGAUACUUACCAAAAUCCUCUCAAUUCGAGGUACUGCUCGAAGGAGAUGAAGUACAUCUUCUCUCCACGAAACCGAUUCAGUACAUGGCGACAGCUUUGGGUCUACCUCGCAGAAUCAGAGAAGGAACUCGGACUGGAAAUUUCAGAUCUGGCCAUCAAGCAACUCAAGGAGCAUGUUCGCAUCGAAGACGACGAAUUCGGCGCGGCGGCAACCGAGGAGAAGCGGAGACGACACGAUGUUAUGGCACAUGUCCAUACUUACGGUUUAGUGGCUCCAGCAGCGGCAGGAAUCAUUCACUGGGGCGCUACGUCUUGCUACGUGACUGACAACGCUGAUCUGAUCUUUCUGCGCGACGCCCUCAAUCUGGUCUUGCCAAAGCUGGCCACUGUCAUUCAGCGUCUCGCUGUCUUCGCCCAGGAAUACAAGGACCUUCCAUGUCUUGGUUACACGCACGGUCAAGCUGCGCAGCUCGUGACUGUUGGCAAGCGAGCCAGCUUGUGGAUCACCGACCUCCUUCGAAAUCUGCGCAACUUGGAACGCCAGCGCGACGAAGUCCUCACAUCCUUCAGAGGCGUCAAGGGUACUACCGGCACCCAGGCCAGCUUCUUAGCUAUCUUCAAAGGCAACCACGACUUGGUCGACCAGCUCGAUGAAUUGGUCACGAAAAAGGCAGAUUUCAAGGAAGCUGAGAUUUCCACCAGUCAGACCUACUCCCGGCUGAUCGAUGUUGAUGUCAUUCACGCUUUGAGCUCGUUCGGAUGCGCAUGCGAACGGAUAGGCGGCGACAUCAGACAUUUGGCCAUGUUCAAGGAGAUCGAGGAACCUUUCGAGGCUGACCAGAUCGGCUCAAGUGCUAUGGCAUACAAGCGUAAUCCAAUGCGAUCGGAACGACUCUGUUCGUUGGGACGAAAGCUCCACAACUUCAGCGCAGACGCUGAGCAAACGUACGCUCAACAAUGGUUGGAGCGAAGUCUCGAUGAUUCUGCCAUUCGUCGGAUCACUCUUCCUGAAUCCUUCCUCUGCGCCGAUGCCUGCCUAAUUCUUCUCAACAACAUCUCGAACGGUCUCGUUGUCAAUAAGGCUGUGAUUCAGCAACGCAUCGAUCAGGAAUUGCCCUUUAUGGCGACUGAGAAUGUAAUCAUGGCCAUGGUGGAUAAGGGAAAGUCAAGACAGGACGUUCAUGAAGAAAUUCGCGUGCUAUCUCACCAAGCCGGUGCUGUUGUCAAGCAACAAGGCCAGCCAAAUGAUCUCGUCGAGCGGAUCAAAGCGACGGCCUUCUUCGAACCAGUCCUUCCGGAGCUGGAAUCCCUUCUCGACCCAAAGACAUUUAUCGGUCGUUGCCCCGAGUUGGUUGACAAGCUCAUCGAGCAGAAGGUCAAGCCUGCGCUCGAGGGCUACGCCGAAGCCUUGAAGAACGCGGAAGUUGCGGAGCUGAAUGUGUAGAUGAAAUUGCCGGCAAAAAAGGGGCGGAUUUGGUACAUAUUCCGAGCGAGCCGAUUAUUGUUGUGGCGUGCAGAACGCUCGAUUGAGAGGGAGAGCGUCGAGCAAGCUGCCUGCAUCAUAGCGCGUUGUGUGUCCUGACUAUUACCACCAAGGGUCAUCGCGGCGCCAGUAGAGCAGAGAUCCGCCUAUAAGCAACGAAUUCAUGAUCCCAAUUGC